GCGACCUCAUUUUAAAUAUCGCGCCAUGAACGCCAUCGAACACAAUACGAAUUUCACACGCUUCACCGCCGGCCCAGUUAGGUAUCUCAAAUUUUUGGGCAUUCUGUUGCAACAACCGGAAAUGCCGCAUACCAAAUAUCAACGCAUACUGAUUGUGGUCAGCAUUGCGCUAAUGUUUCUGCAUCAGAUCGGCUAUAUACUGGAGCCAGGACGCACUUUUGCCGAGCAAUCUGCCGCCGCGGGGCUGCUCAACUACACCACCGUUAGCGGCGGCAAGAUACUCUUUCUCGUCUACAAUCGCCGCCUGCUACUGAACAGUCACUGCACACUAGCAGCGCUGUACCCGAGUGCGGAAGUGGAGCGCCACUACAAAUUGGAGAAUUAUCUACGCAUUUAUGCGCACGUUCAGACGCUGCUCUAUAACUUCUUCAAGUACAUUGUGAUUGUGUACUUAACAUAUCCCAUAGUGCAAUCGUUCUACGACCUAUGGUCCAGCGGCGUCUACUCAUAUAUCAUGCCUACACUAUUUUGGUAUCCCGUGCCAUUGGAGCAGUCCCUGUUCGUUUAUAUCGUCUACUUGUUAUUCGCGUGUUUUUGCAGCUUUUGUGCCGGCUUAAUUAUAUUAAGCGCCGAUUUGUGUCUCUUCAGUUCGGUAUCGCAGUUGAUGUUGCACUUGGAUUUGUUGGCGCAGCGCAUUAAAGAGCUACAACCGACCGAGGAGGGUAGUUUAAGUGCGCUGAAAGCGAUCAUUGAGUAUCAUCAGAAGAUUUUGACAAUCGCGAAGGAUGUGAAUAGCAUUUUUGCGCCGUCAAUACUUUUCAGCUUAGCCUCUUCAUCGUUCAUACUUUGCUUUAGCGCCUAUCAACUACUCGAUGAUGUUUCCUUCAUUUUUGCUUUGAAAGUGUUUCUUUUACUCGUCUACGAAAUGAAACAAGUGGUCAUUACAUGCUACUAUGGUGACAAACUCAUGGAUAACAGUGCGAAUCUCUUUACCGCUGUUUACGCACACAAUUGGACUGAUGGCUCGCCGGUUUAUAAGCGUCUCGUUUUGUUUAUGUUGUUACGCACUUAUCGGCCAAUCGCUUUGAACGUAGCUGGCAUAUCAGACGUUUCGCUAAUCACACUCAAACAGGUUCUGAGCACUGCUUAUCAAAUUUUCACCGUUUUGAAAACAACAUAAAUGACAAGCAUAGUUUGUUGUUGUUAUGAAAUGCAAUCCAAAUUCACAUAUUUAUUAGUUAAAUACACAAAUUGUUUCAUAGCACAAUGUAAAAGUA